AUGAUGGGGUGUCUGUUGGUUGCAAUCCUUUGUAAUUUUCUUGCUGUUCACGCAUACAGGGAGGUGCAGGGGAAGAUCUACAACAACGAAGUUGCCAACUUUUCGGGAUACCCGAAAAUUGUAGGUUCCUAAUGGAAUAAGAAUCGACUUCUGGUUGAUUUUGAAGACACUAGGGAGCAUUUCAAGACUUUUUUUAAAAUUUUUUUAUCAAAACAUGUGUUUCAGAAAGUCGUCCUGGUCGACGUCGGCCUAUUGUAUGACACUACUUGCGGCGAGACAAUCGCCGCUGUUGACGGCUACUUUCGCAUCGAAUGUGAGCCAACCGGGUUUCGGUUCAACGAUAAUCAAAAGUUAAAAAUGUGAGACACCGUAAAAAGCUUGGAUUUUGCAACAUCGUUCAGCAAAGCAAUGCCACACUUAAAUACUUUCAGCUAUCACCGAUUUUCACUGGGCAGAUGCCAUGUGAAUUCGUAUCGUGGGACGGCGAUUAGCGGAAAAGUGGAGGAUGGCAACUACGACGCCGUUACGGGUGACGAACCGGCGAGCGAUGACAGCGUGUGUCCAACCGAUCUCUAUGACUGA